AUGACGCCCCGCAAAACUGCAGAGAGUCUCGACGUCACACCCUGCCACCCACGCUUCCCCUCGUCGCCGUCGCCGUCCCCCACGCUUCCCCCCACCGUCGCCCUCGCUUCCUCCAGCUGUCGCUCACACUUUACUCCGUCGUUGACCACGCUCCCCCUCCCGUCGCUUUCGCUUCCUCCCACCGUCGCCCUCGCUUCCUCCCACCGUCGCCCUUGCUUCCUCCCACCGUUGCCUUCGCUUCCUCCAACCGUCGCUUUCGCUUCCUCCCACCGUCGCCCUCGCUUCCUCCCACCGUCGCCCUCGCUUCCUCCCACCCUCGCCCUCGCUUCCUCCCACCGUCGCCCUCGCUUCCUCCCACCGUCGCCCUCGCUUCCUCCCACCGUCGCCCUCGCUUCCUCUCACCGUCGCCCUCGCUUCCUCCCACCGUCGCCCUCGCUUCCUCCCACCGUCGCCCUCGCUUCCUCCCACCGUCGCCCUCGCUUCCUCCCACCGUCGCCCUCGCUUCCUCCCACCGUCGCCCUCGCUUCCUCCCACCGUCGCCCUCGCUUCCUCCCACCGUCGCCCUCGCUUCCUCCCACCGUCGCCCUCGCUUCCUCCCACCCUCCCCUACACUCCGCCGUCGUCAUCACUUCCCUGCCUAUCACGUUCACCCUCUUCGUCACACGUCGCCUCUCUCUCUCCCCCUAUUCUACCUUCACCACUCCUACCGUCGUCCAUGGUUACCACCCCACACUUGAACCCUUCUCAUUCUCUCACAUUCUCCCUUCUCCCUUGCUUCUCGCCCACACUAAACGCAGAUAUGAAGCCGUCCCGUCUUCCUCCUCUUCCUCUUAUUUGCCUUCUCCUGUCCGUCCACUCUCCAUGCCUCCCUCCUCUCUUUCUCUCUCUUUCCCUCCUUCACUUCUCCCGUCCGCCCGUGCUCCCAGCCUCCCUCCUCCGUACCACUCUCCCACCCACUCUUUCUUUCAUCCUCCUGCCUCUCUUCCACCCUGCCACUCUUCUUUUCAGACUGCCACCUUCCGAGCUUCUUUUAGUCCACCUUUCCGUCUCACCCACUUGUCCUCUCCCAACUUGAUCCUCACAUCCUCCCAUCCCCCCUUCUCCCCUUCCACCCUCCAACCCUUGCGCUCAUCCUCCCUUCGUCUCACCCUCCUUUUUUCUCAUCCUCCCAUCCUCCCUCUCUUCCCUCCCCCCUCCCUUCCUCCUGUCCUCCCUUCCUCCCUUCCUUUCUUCCUCUCUUCCACCCUCUGCCCUACUCUCUGCUUCAGUGUCUUUCUCCCCUCUCUUUCCCCUUUCCUCCCUCCCUUCAUCUCAUCCUCUCUUCCGCCCUUCCUCCUUGUCUCCCUUGCUCAUUUCUCCCUCCUCAUAUUCCCUGUUCCCUGCGUCCCUCGCUGCCAUCCUCCCUUCCUCUCAGCCUCCUCACUUCCUCUCGUCAACCAUUCCUCCGCACCCUUCUACCCUGCCACGCCUAUACACUCCUACCUUGUUCUAGGGGCUUGUUUCUUCACGUCCCCAGCACCGCCAGCACUCGCAGAUGCGGGCACAUGGGGUCCCUUGCGCGCCGAGUCAGAGGAGGCACCUUGCGCAGAGGGGCGUCGCGAGGAGCAGCGCUGUGACGCUGGUGCCAGGGAGGCUGCCAGACCCACCGGGCUGCGCAGGGCGGACGCACCAGCAGCAGCACUGCCUCCGGCACCUGUGCCUGCAGCUGGAGAAACGGGAGCAGCGGCGGCAGCAGGAGCAGCAGGCGCAGCAGUGAGAGUGAGUGCAGGAGGCGGGGGCGAGGCGCCAAUGGUGAAGGCAGGAGAGGGCGGGGAGAAGACGCGCCUCGUCCUCGGGGAAGCUGCCCAGCAUCACUGCCCGCUCCUCCCUCCCCAAGUUCCGUGCGGGGGAAGCGAAGGCUCCGCGCGGGGAAGCGAAGGCUCCGCGCGGGGGAAGCGAAGGCUCCGAAAUGCAGCAGCAGCACGAGUCUCUCCUCUAACGCAGCAGCAGCAGCCGCAGCAGCAGCAGCACAGCUGCGACCGCCGCGACAGGCGCGCGCAGUCGUUAGAAUCGCAGAGGAAGCGCGACAGGGCCUCUGGUUUCGACCUUGACGCCUCGUCCGAGUCUCGCGCCGCCAAGUCCGCUAGAACCGGCGCCUGCGCUUCGAGUCAACCUUCCUCCUCCUCCACUCGCCCUUCCUCCUCUCAAUCGUCCCCCAGCUCCUCCUUCCCCUCGGCCUCCCUCUCGUCUCGUGCCACCGAGAUUUUCGGCACGCCGACGGGUCGUCUAGAGGAUUAUUUUGUGCUCGAAUCGGCAGUGCUGGGUUCGGGGCAGUUCGGAACGGUGCGCAGGUGCGUCGAGAAGGCGACGGGGGCGCGCUUCGCGUGCAAGACCAUCUUAAAGAGUCGGUUAACCUCCGAGUCGGAACGCCACGACGUGCGGCGCGAGGUCGUGCUCAUGCAGCGUCUCGCUGCGGGCGCGUCUUGCGGCGCAACUUCCGGCGCAGCUGGCGCCGCGUCUGCCACCGGGGCUGGCGUCGCCCCCGCGGGGUACAGCCCGCACGCGGGGGUGGUGCAGCUUCGCGCAGUGUUCGAAGACGACGCGGCCGUGCACAUGAUCAUGGAGCUGUGCGACGGUGGCGAACUGUUUGACGAAAUCGUGCGACGCGGGCGACUGAGCGAGCGCGACGCGGCGCAGGUUUUUAGCCAGAUAGUGUCGGCUGUCGCCUUCUGCCACUCCCGCGGCGUGCUCCAUCGCGACCUCAAACCCGAAAACAUCCUCCUCGCGCGCUACCCCGCUUCCGCCGCCACGCCUGCCGCUGCAGGUACGCCGUCCGCCGGCGUUUCCCCCGCCGCAGCAGCCGGCGCGGGCCAGCGCGUCGUCGUCGCGAAGCUGGCGGAUUUCGGGCUCGCGAUUCCUCUCAAGCAGGGCGAGCGCGCGCGCGGCGUCGCCGGGUCGCCUUUCUACAUCGCCCCCGAAGUCCUCCGGGGCGAUUAUUCCCUCGAAGCUGACGUGUGGUCCCUGGGCGUCAUCCUUUACAUUCUCCUCUGCGGCGCGCCGCCCUUCUGGGGCCCGACAGACAGGGACGUCUUUAUGAAGGUGCUGCAAGGCGCGGUGGACAUGGGCGGGGAGGCGUGGAGAGGGGUGUCGGAGGAGGCAAAGGGGUUGGUGCGGUGCCUGCUGCAGCGGGAUCCCAGGAAGCGGCCACCUGCUGGGAAGAUUCUGACUCACCCCUGGAUUCUCCUCAACUGCCUUGGCGGGAGGAUUCUCAGACAGCAGCUGGGCAAGAAACCCGCUGCUGCUGGCGCGCCUGCUGCGGUGGCUGCCGUGGCGUCGGCGAGCGGUGCUGCUGUGGCUAGUGCUGGUGCUUCUGCGGGAGUCAAAGCUCCUGCGAUUCACUCAGCGACAGGAGCAGCAACAGCAUCAGCGGCAGCACCACCACCACUGAUUGUGACGCAGCGGCAGCAGGUAGUGCUGAUAGCAGCUCCACCUGCGACUGCUAGCAGCCCAUCUGGCAUCCGCGUGUGA